UUCCCUUCAGGAGACGAAGGAGGAGGGCGCGCCACGCCGAGAGCUCCGGCUCCCGUCUCCGCCCCGUUCCCGAGUUUGUUUGGGUCCUCCGCAGUUGCGUCCUGGUGUGGUGGAAGAUGGAAGGCUACAAGCUUUUCCUGGCCUUCCUCGCCUCCGCGUUGCUGCUCGGCUUCCUCUCCGUGGUCUUCGCCCUGGUCUGGGUCCUCAACUACCGCGGGGGGCUCGGCUGGAACGGGGGCUCGGCCGAGUUCAAUUGGCACCCGCUCCUCAUCAUCGCGGGCUUCGUGUUCAUCCAAGGGAUCGCAAUUAUUGUAUACAGGUUACCAUGGACCUGGAAAUGCAGCAAAUUUUUGAUGAAAUUAAUCCAUGCAGGGUUACAUACCAUUGCUCUGACACUUGCUAUUAUUUCCCUGGUGGCUGUUUUCGAUUUCCAUAAUGCUCAGAAGAUUCCUAACAUGUACAGUCUACACAGCUGGAUUGGAUUGACUGCUGUAAUUCUUUAUGCUCUACAGCUUGUUUUAGGCCUUGUGGUCUUCCUACUUCCCUUUGCC